AUGACAAGUCCUGCUCAGCAGCCGCCUAUUGCACAGCAUGUCGUAUUUCCCCGUCCCUCGUCCACACUAUCAGUAUGCCAACUAAGCGAGGAUGCCGUCCCGGCACGAGCAGGAAGCCCGGGCAACAAUUCCAUGCUUCAUGCACAGAUUCGAAGUCUUCAGAGGCAGCUGGAUGUCAGGAAUGAUGAAAACGCGUCUCUUCGGCGACAACUUGAGACAAGAGAUAACUUGGACAUUGGAACACUCAGCGAACAGCUUCGAGUAUCCAAAAGAGAGUGUGCCAUGUGGAAAUCUCGUGCCGAAGCUGCAGAAAAACGAGCCUUGGUCCUUGAACACUUCACGCGGAAGCUGAAGGGAAGCGGGAGAGACAGCAUCGAAACGUUGGCAACAGAGGAUGGAGAAGUUGUGGCUGAGAGAAUCAGGAGGGCUAUGAGAGGGAUGGAUGGGACGAGGAGCAGUGAUGGCGGGGCAGCAGCUUGGUGGAACGACGACCGGCAAGGUAGCAACACCAGGCACUCGGGAAGCGUGGGUGGGCAGCAUCAGCCGAAAAUGACAGAGGAAGCAUUGCUUCAGAUUUGGCAGGCAGUGCAGGAGCUGCUAUUGGAGGACGACGAUUGA